CCAGUUAGUGACCCACAUUCGGUGGUGGUCGGUUGUUGUUUCGGCUUUUUUUUCUUUCUUUCUUUCUUUUAAUUCCUUUUUGUUACCCAAAAGGUGCAAGUGACUUUGACCGUUGUCUCGAUUGCAAAGGAGAGACGAUGAUGAAUAUAUGUAUACAAAAAAAAAGAACAAACCCUCCACAAGGGAAAGUGAUGUGCAAGGGUCGCGAAAGCCAGGAUCCAAGGGACAAAGGGUUAUCCAUCAUAUGAUAUGGGUUAAAGUUCCUUUCUUGGGUGCGAUUUUUAAAUAAAACCGAACACUAACUAAGGUCUGUAUUAACAGUUUCCUUUUGAAGCCGUAAAUAAAAUUGGGAAGGGAGAGAAAAAAAUAUCUAAUCACCACAAUACCAGUCCUAUCUGUGCGUUAGUAAUUCGCUUCAAAACCUGCCUCACAUGAGUGAGAUGAAAAAUAAAAAAAUGUUACAAUCAUCCACCGUGCAAGCUUUCACCCGAAUAAUGGUCCCGUGCCGUUCCGAAACUUCGAGAGCGUGAACAGCCGCACGAUGAAAUCAUGCAUAGCGACCAGCGAACAAUUGCUAAUGCAUUACAUCUAUUGAGCAAUUUCACUGCACCGUGCUUCCACGCUCCACAGGACGUUGGCGAUGAGUCACCGGAAGCAAAAACGGAUCUAAAAUCGUUCGACGCCACUCGCACACACCAAUCACGUAAUGCGAACUGACGCAAAACUCCCUACUGCCCUAGUCUCAUCCCUACCAGAGUGUUUGCAUUUUUGUUUUCUACCCGCAAGACGGUACGGAAGUAGGUCGUGGACAGUCUUGUAAUCGAUCAUGCGAAGGGAUUUUCCAAAAAACGUUUCUGCUUAACAUCGUGCGGAAAGGGAUGGUUCAGAGCGGAGUGCAGAGGUACAGCAAUUAAAGGAAAACAUGACGCCCGACCCCACUUGUUCGGGCUGAUCAUUAUGAAAAAUAAGGAAAAAUGAUCGCACGCGAACGAGCGUAGCUGGUGGUGGUACGAGAGACUAAGACUAUUCAGUGGAGUGGUCAUAAAACAUUCAGCAAGGCGCCAAAUUAUCCACAUCCGGCUCCAACACCGAUGGCAUCCGGUUGCAGGCGUGGUAAAAUUAUGCAAGCACAACUAUGGAAGGUUUUGUCUUAUGACGAUCACGACGAAAAGAGUUUGCAAACGGUAAACAAUUCGUUCAAGGGCAUUGGAGAUACAGACGGGAUACAGGAAACAAAAAGAAAGUCUCCAAAAACCUUGGAGUUGGAACCAGGAUGGAGUCCAGGAACAGCUUAGUAUUAACAAAAUGCUCCCAUUUUUUUCUCUUACCGUUUAAUCAAGCAUUUGAAAAUAUAAAACAAUUGCAAAUGUAUGCAGCAGACAAUUGAAAUUCCUUGUCCGAUACCAAAUUCAGCUUGCACGGUAGGAUCGACCCGGGCACAAAACUUUCUCGUUUGAAUGAUUUAUCAGUGCGCAAACAUCGCCAUGAUCAUGAUCAUCAUCAUCAUCACUCCGAUUCGUUUGAGUGUCUCGUCAGUUAACAAAAGACACACGAGGAAACCACUCGGAGGGGGUAACUAAAGAGAAGAAGAGACGGGAUUGGAGGAGUCUUCUGGAAUUCGAUAUAACUGCGUACCCCCUCAUUGGUGUUGCUUACGAAUCCGACCAACCCAUCCAAUCGCUCUAAUGUUCACAAAAGCAUGGUGCAAAAAAAAAAGCUCCCCACUCACACACACGCACACACACACCAGGUUGGACACUCACGCAACGAAAAUGAAAGUGAGAUCACCCGGGUUGCUCCGUGCUGAUGGGCGAAUCCCUCCCUCCCCAACAAUCAACCCGGCACGAGAAAGUUGCCCCCGGUGUCCAAAUUUUCUCCAACUCACCAGACAUCUUCUCUUCCAACAUUGCCAAGCGAACUGAACGGUGAGAUAGAGCAGCGUGCGAUUGGGACUUGCCCAUUCCCUAUUUCUCUUCUCGUACGGCCGCAGUAGAAAUGAAGCUGCACGCAAAACGAAUGAGUGAAGGCCACCGGCUCGGCAGCUUUCCACUUGGCCGGCGAGUGAAGAAAAGAAAGUCUUGCGCUGGCGAGCGAACACGCGCAAGAGAGCUAGAGAUAGAGAGAUAGAGGAAAAUUGGAAAGCAUUGAGCAUCCGAGGGGCCUGCGUAACGGGCACUCAAAACUAGCAAAACCGAAGCGCUCGGAAGGUGCGCACCGGUCUGGUAGCGUUUAGUUGAGAGCUACUUUCGAAACGAGACGGUCGCACGACGAAACACACGGUACACGGUCCGCGAGACACGUCCGGAACACGUCGGUCGGUCCACCAACCAAGGGUUAGUUGUUUGGUUGUUAGGGAAGUACUCGCACCGAGCUAGUGGAAAACCCCGCUUGGUGGAUGGUUGUGCGAGUGCAGCUAUUGAUCGUUGCACUAGUGGUUGCAGUGUUUUGCUUACGAUCUGUAAUUCUGGAUGCUGGAAAUCCUUGCAAGGCUUGUGCUUUAACGUAUUGAAGUAUAACGGAUAAUCUGUACCAACCAAACGCUGCCAUAGACUGUUGUAGUGAUAUUUAGAUAGAAAAGUGAACGAAUAAAACAAAACAACGAACAAGGACAAUCGCACAAAAACCUUGCGCGAACACGAACGACGAACACGAGCACAAAAACCUACGACAAACAAACGAAAAGAAAAACAAGAUGGGCAACCGAAUGCGAUCCUUGGUCGCUACGUUCGUGCUACUAUUCACAGUACUCGAGAAUGUCCACUGUGAUGCACCGUUGGUCGAUUCGGCAGCACUGCCACUGGAGCACAGAGCCGUCUACGGUCCGCCUGCACCAUCACCAGUAUACGGUACGCCUGGUUUGCUGAGUGGCGGCGGAGGUAGCGGCGGCCUUCUCGGAGGCGGUGGCGGUGGCGGCGGCGGAGACGACCCGUGGCCACUGUCCGCCUCGAACGACAGCCCGCAGAUCAAGCAUCUGCAGGUGCAGUGCGAAAAGACGCAUAUGCGCGUUAACAUCGAGUUCGACCGGCCGUUCUACGGUAUGAUCUUCUCGAAGGGCUUCUACAGUGAUCCACACUGUGUGCAUCUGAAACCGGGCACCGGUCAUCUGAGCGCUACCUUCGAGAUCUUCCUGAACAGCUGCGGUAUGUCCAGCUCGGCUAACCAUAAUGCGGCCAGCUUCGGUGGUCCGACACCAUCCGGCAGUUAUGUCGAGAACACGAUCAUCAUCCAGUACGAUCCGUACGUACAGGAAGUUUGGGAUCAGGCUCGUAAACUUCGGUGCACGUGGUAUGACUUCUACGAGAAGGCGGUCACCUUCCGACCGUUCCAGGUGGAUAUGCUGCACGCCGUUACGGCUAACUUCUUGGGCGAUAAUCUCCAAUGCUGGAUGCAGAUCCAGGUUGGCAAGGGUCCUUGGGCGUCCGAGGUUUCGGGUAUCGUAAAGAUCGGUCAAACGAUGACGAUGGUGCUGGCAAUCAAGGAUGAUGAGAACAAGUUCGACAUGUUGGUGCGCAACUGCGUUGCCCACGACGGCAAGCGGGCUCCGAUUCAGCUGGUCGAUCAGCACGGUUGUGUGGUGCGGCCAAAGAUUAUGAGCAAGUUCCAGAAGAUAAAGAACUUCGGCCCGUCCGCAUCGGUGGUAUCGUUCGCCUACUUCCAGGCAUUCAAGUUCCCCGACUCGAUGAACGUACACUUCCAAUGUGUGAUCCAGGUCUGCCGGUACAACUGCCCCGAGCCGAAGUGUGCUGGCGGUGACUACGGACUGCCGGCGCUGACCGGAAAUGGCAUUUCGGGCGAGUACGGUGCACCGGGAGCACUGAGCGGCGAAUAUGGACCACCGCAUCUAUCGGAGUAUGGCGUACCACCAGCGGCCUAUCCCGAUCCUCGUCAUCCUUCCGACGCAUCUGGUGCGUACUCGGAAAAUCAGGACAGUGUGGUACCGGCACCGCAAGCACAAACGUCCGCCAACUCGGCCGAGAACAAAUCGGACGGCCCAGUAAAUGCGAACGAUCGCAUCGAAUCGCAGGCACAGUCAUCGAACCCAACGUCGAACGAUAUUCACGAUCACAUCAACAUGCCACCGCCACCACCACCAGGACAGACGUCGUACGUUACCGUGACCAAGCAGAAGAAGGACGAUGGACUGUCGGGUGAGAACAGUGGCAAUCUGGUCAGUUUGGGCGGUCGGCCCCGGUCGGUCGAGGGACUGGAUGAUCUGCGCGGUGUGCGCCGACGACGGGACACGAUGUCGGUUGUGAUCCGGCCACGUAUCUACAAGCGCGACGCCCAGGAAAUGACGGACGUCAAUACGGAGCGCAUCAUCCAGGUGGUGGCACCGGGAGACGUCAACUUUGCGCUAAACAACGCGUCCGGCAAUGAGACGGUCGUGAUUCAGUCACAGCGUACCGUCGAUCCUGAGACGAUCUGUAUGUCGGUGCCGAGCUUUGUCGGUGGGCUGGUAAUGUUGUUGCUCGUACUUGCCGUCGCAUCCCUAGUGGCUGCCUUCCUGUUUGUGCGUGUGCGACACUUCGACCGGAAAGGUACGUCCACCAUCCGCCGGCCACACUUUGUACUGUCCGAGCUGUGGACCUAAGGUCGGACACUUUGUUGAGCCGGAUUUCUCUUAUCGUUCGUCUACUUUUUCUUUUCUUUCUUUCAUCUCACGCCAUCACGACUGUCCCUAUCGUUUGGUUACGCUCGGUACACCACCGAUGGUCCACACUGAUGCACUCUUCAACCAUUUUGGGGCGGCAUUCAUCACCAUUGGCACUACGGCGCACUCAUGUCUACGCACUCUGCAAAAACUCUUCACACCACCAUUUGCAACUACCACAGCCAAUCCUUUCUCCGGACACUAAGCGACAACUUACCGUGGGUCGUCCUCGUGCCUGAAAAACUCGUCAAGGAGUAAUGCUAGCCGGGUGACCCCGGCACCGAACGAUCCCUUGCGAGUGUGGGAAACUGUUUUCCCACGGUUCUGUCUGCAAAUCUCGACCACCAAUGGGGCACCUUCAUCUUCAUUUUGUAAACAUCUUUCGGCACAGUCGCUGCAGACGAACUCUUCUGUUACCUGAGCACCACCAUCAAGCAUUCUCCAUCACACGAUACAUAUAGACAGCUUCCAGAGGGAUCGAACAUAUACGUCAUCUCCUUCGCAUGUAGCAAAAGGGUAUGCUUCCGAGUAGGUAGAGCGCGGCUAGUGCUAGUAAGAAAUCGAGGGACCCAAAUCAAAUUGUACGAAACGAAACACUAGAAACACUCUCUUCGCAGCAUCGCGCACCGUUCGAAGUGGGCGAUGGGACUACUCCAACAGCCUUCGAGAAGACACUAACCCACCCCAUCCAACAUUCAACCUUUAAUCUAGCAACAAACAAAAAAAGCCGUCUAACACCUCAUACAUCAUCGUCAUUUCCUGAGCGCGCUUCUAGGCGCACUACUAACACGAUUGCCUGUUAAUUUAUUACGAUUAUUAUUAUAUUAUUAUUAUUAUCGAUUUGGGUACUACAAUCGCGAACGAACGAAUCGUCCCUCACUCCUCUCGGUUCAAUGAUUUCCUUCUCCUUUCUUUUUGCGUUAAGCGUACGAUACCAAACGAAUGUGUAUUACCAUACCACCAGCAGUUAAUUUAUUGAUCCUUGCCUGAUCCCAAUCCACACUUUGUGGUAUCAUCCUGUACAUCUUCAUCUAACCAUGUCCCACAAUCCACAACUCAACCCUGUUCGGUAUUCCCAUCGGCAUCACUCCACUGUUGUUUGUCGUGUGCGUUUGAUUUCUGUUGCAAACAGAGUAGAAAAGAUCACACAAAACUCUUACCUGCUAGGGCAAGGGCAUUAGCAAGCAUGAAAUUGGAAGCACCACACUUACAGCACCAAAAUUUUGUGGAGUUGACACGCGUGUCAUGAAGGGCAACAAGAAGUCAUCCCACUUCGUGGGGAAGUGCAUCGCAAGCGAAGAGCUUACCCGACUGCCGUUCCUUGUUGCAUCGUUUCGUGACGUGCUGCUAGUUUGUAAUGGAGCUUAUUAUAUUAGUUAUAUCUCACCCUCAAUCUUAUUCAUUAGAGAGAAUGUCGUCCACAUUGGUGUCCAUGAAAUGGUCCGUUAGGUUAUGUUGGGUGUCGAAUUCAUUCACAAGAGUACGCCAUUCCACCAUCCAUACCGUUACCUCCCUUUUUACAUCCACUCAGGGCGAUCUACUCCCGGUGCCGGGAGAAGAACCAUCAGGACAUCGAUAUGGGCGCACAUUGGACCUUAUGAAGGACGUGUAUCUUUGCUUCAAAAGAAUAUUUAUUUAUUCCCUUAAUUUUCUACCUACUUUUCUUAGUCACCACGUUCCUUUUUUCUUCCAAACACCAAACAGGCAAACCGUCUGUUUUUUACACACGCACACACGUGUUCUAUUGCGUGUUCGAUCGCUUUUCUUCUCCACUCCGUCGUUUACGUACGGUUUUGUUUGCUAACUUUUGGAGGUCUUGUCUCCCGUACCAUUGUUUUGUUUUGUUUCUUCAAAAGUGUACUUAUGCACAAAUGCGACGAAAGCAGGGCUUUAGUGUGUUCGAUUUAAAUUUUAACCGUUGGUUGGAUGUCACCACUAGUCUUAACGGAGAUGUCCGGUUCGGUUCAGGAAUUUAAACAUUGGCCUAACUAUAAACUUUCUCUUUGCGUUGCGUUGUUACGCGCAAGUACGACUGCGCGAGGAUGCUGCGCACAGCAACAGAGAUCCGCGUAAGGGAUCUAAACGCACGAGCAUACUACAAUCAAAAUAGGUUAGAAAAGCUUAAAAAGGUUAAAAUGUAAGCUCCCGGUAAUAAUGGAAACGAAUCAAAGUAGCUACCCCGGUGUACGAAUAUUUUGGUGAUUGUGGUUGAUAACAGUAUUGUUUUUUUUUGUGUUUUGUGUUUGCUCCAAUCGUUCCCUGCUUUACGAUUGGGACGUUAAUGGUAAGGCGUAAAGAUCGCACACGACACAUGUGGUGCGAAGAAAAGCGACUGAAGAAGGAAAAAAAGGAUUAGGGCGAUCGUAAGGAAAAAAAACUUUUGAAAAAAUUAUUCGAGAGAAAAACAGUUAAGGUUAGGGAAGAUUUGUUUUCUCAGUUUUGUUUUCUUGCUAGGAAUGUGUAUUAUUUUGUUUGGUUUUUCCCCCCUUUUUGACUAAUUUCCAUUCUCUCGCAAAUCUAGUGGAAACAGGCAGUAAACAGGUGUGUGUUGUUGUGUACUGUAAACUCGUGAAAUCAGUUUAUCGAAACGUAGUUGCGGUACUACACUUCCUUUGCAAAUAACAGCGACGUGGAUAUUAUUGUAAAUAUUUAUUGAAAAGAAAGAUAGUUGAAGAAAAUAAAGUGAUUAGUAAUGAAUGAUAGUGUA